CAGUUUUGUGCAAUAUUAAUAUAAGGACUAUGCUUCAUUUAUACAAUGUAAGCCAAUCCUUUGAAACCUGUUGAAUGGUUUUUAGUUUUUAUAUUGCACCGCUCAUGUUUACAUUACAGAUUUCCCAGUGGUAUCAUUUUGGGAAUAAAACAAUCCAAAUGAUUAAAUAUAUAUGUACCUUAUUGCUAAUGGAAGUAAUAAGAUCCUAAUGGGAUUGAAUAGAAAACAGAAAGUCCUGUUUACCACGUUUACCCAGUAGAGUUCUAAUUAAUUUCUUAGAAAUCUUUAACCAGGACCAUCCGGUUAUAAUUGUUGUUUUGAAUAUUUAGCUUUUUCCUUUACAUUGUGGUCUAUGAGAACACAGAUCAAGAUUACUGGGGUAAAUCUCUGAUUGCGUGAAGCCCACCAGCUGAAGCUUUUCAUUGUGUCCAUAUUCCACACCUCUAAGAAACAUUAACCAUGGUUUUACUAUAGUAACCAUGUAGGCUAUACAUAGUAUAAAACAUGGUUACUACGCAUUUACUGUAAUAAAACUAUUUUUUCUAAGGGGUAUUUUUUCUCAAGAAGCUCAAACCUGGCUGCAAGAUAUGUCAAGUCCUGCCACGACAAAAGAACAACCAGCGCAACACAACACAACACAACACAACACAACACAACACAACACAACACAGCACAACACAACACAACACUACACACACAAACUGACACUAUGACAGGAUCCUAUCACCUUCACUUAGAACUUUCACCAAUACUUUGCUCUUUUUCUGUUUACAUUGAGAUGUACAUAUACAUACUUAUAUACUUUUAUUAGAUUUUUAUCUUAAUCUGUAUUUGUGCAUGUUUAUAUUUAAUUUCCCUGUACUUUGGCAAUGUAAAAUGUUGUUUUAUCAUGCCAAUAGCUUCUUCGAAUCUUGAAUCUUGAUAAUGUGCCGCUAUAUUAUAGUUACAAUAACAAGAUGUAAUUUCAUGGAGCUUCAUCUUAUAAAUCAGUGCAUCGUAUUACAUUGUCCAUCUUAUUACUCGGUUAUUUAUAUAAAUAGACAGUCACGGUACGAUCGACUUUACAUUUUAAAAUUGGGUAUAUAAAUAACGUCCGCGGAUAGUCACAUAGCGUCUUUCCAACAGCCUGUAAAUCAAACUUUUGAAUCGCGUCUCCUCUGUGGGGCCCUCCCCCUAAACAUCUCUGAUAAUUGACGUGAGAUGUGUCCAAUCAACGCGCUCGGUUACAAAAUAGGCGGAUUCGUUUAUUGUAUCGUAACAAGCUAGGCUGCAGCCACCCAGUCUGAACUCCACCGUACAAACACACACGAGCGGCGCCUUGUUUUGGUGUCUGUUACGGCUUCGCUAGAUAAGAAAACCAAGUGACUUUUGGAGGAACUUUAAGCGCGGAGUAUUAAACGGACUCGGUACGCUUCGAUUGUAAAUAACGGCUGGAUGCAGACUUCGCGCCGGUGCUUUGUUUAAUUGCACUUUGGGGAUUUUUGCAGCAGCGCUUUGAUCUCCGGGGUAAAUGGGGUCGUGCGCUGCUGACUGCGCUUGUUUUGAUACUGCUUUCCGAUCUCCAGACGUAAAAAAGUAAACUUUUUGGUGCUUUCCGGUACUUGCAAAUAUAUUUUGAGGAUGGCGGAUGGAUUAUUUAAAUUGAGUUAUGUUACUGUAAAAUGCUGCUGAAAACCUACGUGUACUGAAGGUAUCGAUGAACUCCGGCUGUGCUAACGGGCUAAUCAAACCUCCCGCAGGAGCCAAAAAAAACUUGUGAGAGAUGGCAAGCCCGACCACGGAGCAAGGAUGUUUUUCGGAUGUGAAGAAGGUGGGUUAUUUAAGGAAACCCAAAAGCAUGCACAAAAGGUUUUUUGUGCUGAGGGCGACGAGCGCCUCCGGAGCGUCCCGACUGGAGUACUACGAAAACGAGAAGAAAUGGAGACACAAGUCUGGAGCUCCCAAAAGGUCUAUUCCCCUUGAAAGCUGUUUUAAUAUCAACAAAAGAGCGGAUUCAAAAAACAAACAUCUUGUGGCUCUUUACACCAAGGAUGAAUACUUUGCCAUCGCGGCGGACAGUGAGACGGAGCAGGAAUCGUGGUAUCAAGCCCUAGUUGAGCUUCAUAACAGAGGAAAGGUCCACGAAAGCGCCCCAGGCAGUGGAGCGGGUGAGGAUAAUUACGGCGAAACCACGCCGGGACCUGCCUUUAAAGAAGUUUGGCAGGUUAUUUUGAAACCAAAGGGUCUGGGUCAAACAAAAAACUUGAUCGGGGUUUACAGAUUGUGCCUGACCAGUAAAACCAUCAUUUUUGUGAAACUCAACUCCGACGCGGCCGCCGUGGUGCUGCAGUUAAUGAACAUUAGGAGAUGUGGACACUCUGAAAAUUUCUUUUUCAUAGAAGUCGGGAGGUCUGCCGUGACCGGGCCCGGGGAGUUUUGGAUGCAAGUGGAUGACUCCGUCGUCGCUCAGAACAUGCAUGAGACUAUAUUAGAAGCCAUGAAAGCCAUGAGUGAGGAGUUCAGACCACGCAGCAAAAGUCAGUCAUCUUCCAACUGCUCGAACCCUAUCUCAGUGCCUGUCAGGAGGCAUCACCACAAUAAUCCACCCCCCAGCCAAGUUGGCUUAGGCAGGCGCUCUCGGGCGGAGAGCGUGACAGCCAUUUCUCCUGUUAGACCUGGUAAACACAGUCAUUCUUUCAGAGUGAGAGCAUCCAGCGAUGGGGAAGGCACCAUGUCGAGGCCAGCAUCCGUGGACGGGAGCCCCAGCAGCCCGAUCACAACCCGACCACAGUCGCAGCGACACAAGGGGGGAUCCAGGCUUCACCCACCACUCAAUCACAGCAGAUCCAUCCCCACGCCCACCUCGCGGUGCUCCCCUUCAGCUAUCAGUCCAGUCAGCCUAUCUUCCAGCAGCACCAGCGGCCACGGGUCCACUUCUGAAUGCCUCUUUCCACGCCGCUCCAGCGCCUCUAUAUCCGGAUCCCCCAGCGAUGGCGGUUUCAUCUCCUCUGAUGAAUACGGAUCCAGACCGUGUGACUUCCGCAGCUCUUUCCGCAGUGUCACGCCAGACUCGCUCGGCCACACACCACCAGCCAGGGAGGAGGAGAUCAACAACUAUAUCUGCAUGGCCAAGCCUGGUUCACUUCCUGGUGCCGGGGGCCAAUCACGGAGCCAAUCCAGAGGGAUGCCGACACCGGUGGAGGAGCCCGAUUUGGAGAAAUGUUUCAGGAAGCGAACGCAUUCUUCCGGUGCAUCACCACCAGCUCCAUGCCAUCAGAAGACUCCAUCGCAGUCCUCAGCUGCGUCGCUGGAUGAGUAUACUGUAAUGAUGCCCACGCAGCCACGAAGCCGAUCUGCAUCAUCGUCAUCAUCGACCUACAGGCAUUCAUUCAUGCCCACACAUUCAUACCCGGAGGAAAGCUUAGAUACGUCAAGAACAAAUGAAAACACUGGAUCAGAUCACAAAGAUGAUGGAUACAUGCCCAUGCUGCCCGGUGUGGUGCCCGCAACCCCAACAGCAAAGAAUGGCGACUACAUGCCCAUGAGUCCAAAAAGCGUGUCUGCACCACAACAGAUUAUCAACCCCCGACAACACUCGCAUGUCGACUCCAAUGGUUACAUGAUGAUGUCACCAAGUGGCAGCUGCUCUCCAGAUGCCAGCACAAACUAUGGCAAGAUGUGGACUAAUGGUGUCAACCCGAAGCACUCCGUAGAAAGCAUGGAAGGAAAAGUGUCAUCUUGUGGAGACUACAUGAAUAUGUCACCAGCCAGCUGUUCUACCACCAGCACACCACCCGACUCCUUUUUCAACCCUGCGGAGAAUCCACCCAGGCCUGCGUAUGCUUACUUCUCCUUGCCCCGCUCCUUCAAACAUGCCAACAGGAAACACGACCAGAGCCCUCUUCGGAUGUCACUGGGCUCGAGUCGUUUGGCUUACGCCGACUCCUCUUCAUCAUCCACCAGCAGCGACAGCUUGGGCGGUCAAGGCAACUCUCAACAGUCAGCUGUCAGACCCAAAAGGUCAGAGGGCAGCGUUAGGCUGACACGUCCAACAAGGCUUUCGCUGGAUGCGAGCAAAGCAAGCACGCUUCCACGAACACGUGAGAGUCCCUACCCCCCAGAACCCAAAAGUCCCGGCGAGUAUGUCAACAUUGAGUUCAAAGAGAAGGCAUUUUCAGCCAGUUUAGUCUCGCUCUUUCCACCUGUGUUUACAGGAAGCGAUGCUGAGGCCCCAUCAGACCUUUCAUCGUCUGAGUACAUGAACAUGCAGCUGGGGUCACAGGCCAAGCGGUUAAGCCCAGAAAUGCAUAUUUCCACUUCCUGUUCGGACUAUGCCAUCAUCACCCCCUCAAACUCCGUGUCCUCUCCUCCUCUGCCCUGCGAGAACUUAUGUGAACGUGACUACAUCAGCAUGCAGUUGACAUCGGCCCGGGCUAGAUAUCCCGAUACACAAAUGAUGCUGAUGACAGAGUCGUUUUCAAAUGCUGAUGCCCCUCCCUGUUCUGUAUCGUCCAAUCACGACAUCUCAUCAUUAAGCAGUGGCCCUUUACCUGGGCUUAGUGCGUUCUCAAGGGUCAACUCCUCUUCUGGACGGAACCAGUGCGCUAAGGUCAUCCGGGCUGACCCGCAAGGAAGGCGGAGGCACAGCUCAGAGACGUUUGCCUCCACGACGACCGUAGGGUCGGCCGAUACAUCGGCGACCAGUCAGUCAGGUGAUGUAAAGCGCCACAGCUCUGCCUCUUUCGAGAAUGUGUGGUUGAAACCAGUUGAGGCUGCAGCCCCUGCUUCUCCGACUGCACUAACCAAUGCACGAAGGGAAACCUCUUCGGUUCCCACGGUAACAAGCCGUGACCAGAACGGCCUGAACUACAUCGAUCUGGAUCUUGUACAGAAUGGGGAGCAGCAUGUUCCGGACUGGAAUGCGUUUCAGCCUCGGCCAGUUGAAUUGGGAGCUGUGGAAGGUAUAGAAGAGCUCAGCGCCUACGCCAGUAUAAACUUCCAGAAAGCGGAUGAGACCAGAGGGAAUCUCGCAAACAGAGAAGAAUGAAGCCACAGCAUUGAAAUCUCUCGCCGUCUCACCACACGCCGGACCUCAGAAAACUGGACCUCAAGAAACUCAUUACACUAACCUGAUCACGGACCAUACCAUCACACGGACGCUAACAGAACCAUAAGGACAGACCUCACAACAUGGACCUCACCGAUGCCGGUUUCCACUAACCAUUGGCCUCCCGCAACCUGGAUCCCUCCAAACCCAACUGUCACUGUGCAUACUUCUCGAGACAUUACCAGUUCUUGGGUGUCACUGUCCAACCAGUAGCUGUUACGGACUCGGUACAAACGGCUGUUAAAAUAAUGCCAUUAUAAAUGGUACAACAGCAACUUGCAGCUUUGAGGGACAGACGAUGCUGCUGCACUAGCAAUUUUGAAAUAAUAAAUAUGUAAAUGGUGGUACAUUAUUAGUCAAAUGUAUGUUUUUUGGUACAGGGAUGCUCAUCGGAGCAACCAUCUGGGUACGGCAGUGUAACUAUGAACAGUGUUUAUUGUACCGGACGCUACAUCACAUACAAGAUGGUAUUACAUACGACUGUCAAUUGACGUUUAUACACCCAGUGCGGACGACCUCAAGCACCCGGACUUGACCUCAGGACUAUAUGAAAGAGUUUACACACACACAAACUGUGUUUCAGCACUGUGAGCCAUGACCGACCUCAUGCUGUCAAACACACACUGUGAUGUCCGUCAAACCUUUAUGAAUUCAUGUUUCAUAUCGUACGCUCGCGUUAAACCCCCUAUCAUUUUAUCAGUCGUAUCAUAUAUAGAUUAAACAAAGUGGGUACUGAAUUGCUUUGUUUUUGUUUUGUACUGGUACAAGUUUGGCUUCUAGAUCAAACGUUGGUACUUGUUUCAGAUUCAUGAUAUGGCGCCCUCUCUUUAUUCAGUUGCUCUAGGAUCAGUACACGUGAGGCCUUACAGCCCUGCUUGGGCUUAAUAAAGAGCUUAUUUAAGUAGUUGCGUUCAUGGGUGUCAUGAGCGUUAUUGAUAAAAGUCUAUCAGCAGUAGUGGGUCAAACUCGGUAGCGGUUCAGCGGGCUGCGGUAAAUCUAUAAACCUCAAUGGAGUACGAGUUACUUUUACAGACAGCGGUACUGGUUCUUUUUUUUAGUAUCCUGCUGUUUUCUUUUGGAAGCCAGUAAGAAGUUCCUCAACUUUUUUGAGACUGUUUUAUUUUAUUACAGUUACUUCCUAUGUUUAUAUUUUGCUUAAAAUAACUCAUGUUGUGGCGUUGCUUGGGUCACAGCAACACGUUUUAAAAAGGAAAAUACUGCUGCUGAAAUGAAAAAAAUGAACAAUCUGUAAAUUAUUGAAUAUAGAAAUGUUGUUCUUGGUUCUCUUUUAAGAGUUAAAGUAUUUAACAUUUCAUGGUUUGUGUUUUUUUUGGACACAUCUUUUUGAAAAUGUGUCUACUGUUUUUAAAAAAAAUGUGGGGAAUAUUUGUUUUAUUGGAAAAAUGUGUUAUCCAACUUUUUGAGAGAAUGGUACAGUUCUAUAGAGUUUCCUUAUUUUUUGUAAAAAAUGAUGAUGUAUUAUGCACAUCAGGGACUCCCCACCAUGUCCAAAUGGAAUCAUUUUUGCGAACCUUUAAUACUUGUGUUCCUUUAACCCUCAUUGGCUGUUGCGGUCCUGUAAUCUAAUAGGCUCCUUUAAAGUCAUUGAUUUGAUGGCAGUUGUCAGUUAAACACCCUGCGGUUGUGUUGAUGUUACAGUUUGUGAGAUAUCACUUUUGUGGCCAGACUUUUAACAUCUCAACCAAAUUUGUUCUUCCAUGUAUAUAAUGCAAUGUAUAAAGAUAUUUCCUUAUUGAUGAUGAUGGGUAUUAGACAGACCAGGGAUAUUAGGUGUUUAUGAACGCUUAAAGCAAGGUGAUUGGUCGUUUCGAUUGAAUUGAAACAUUGUAACGACAUGAGUGUGUGUACAGAUGAAUGGAUUUAUGCACAAAAAUGUUUGUUUUACGAAUUAAAUUUCCAGCAGUAAAUUUACUCCCGUUUAGAAGAUUGGUAUCUUCUGGAAUAUUAAUGUUUAAUAAAGUAGAAGCGCUUAUCUUUUCAGAAGA